UAAGUGAACAUUUACAUAACUACUUCUUUAGUGUAGAGAUUGUGCUAUUUUUAAAUGAUGUUGUCCAAAACAUAACUUCAUUUAAUUUUUAACUUAGACAAGUUUAACAUCGCACUGGCCCGGCGCAUCCACCAUUUUAUUCGGUAGAUAAUUUAUAAGGUCACUGAAAAUAAAACUUUCAGUUAAGUAAACAAACAAAAAUGCUCGCUGGGUUACCUUGUAAGUGUCAAGCAGGUUUCAAAUUGUUGACCCAUUACUUUUUUCGAUGUCUGAGGAUAUAUUUAAGCCGCCAAAAUUCUAAAUUGAUUAGACGUAAAAUGAACAGAGUGGCGCUUUGUUUAUUAAGCGUGGUGGCUUUUGAUAGCUGUCUCAAACUUCCUUCCAGUUUCAAAAAAUGUGAUAGGAAAAGAACCGAUUUUAACCAGUGCUUAAGUGACGCUAUUCAUGGUGCUCUGGAAAUCCUGGAUAAACCGUUACCGUCGUAUGGUUUACCAAGUUUGUACGACUUUACACCUUCCGAAACUAUCAUUUUUGGAAACCGUACUUACGGGCUGCUACAGAAAUAUGAUCAGUUUAAGUUGAUCGGGCUCUCGAAACCGAAGAAUAUAAACGCUAAGAUAGAUUUUGGUCCUUUGACUAGUACUUUGACAAUAGAAGCGUCUUAUUAUCAACUUACUUACUUAGCUGAUUGCGAGAUGCAAGGUACUCUUGUUCUUCUACCCGUAAACGUUCAAACACCUGUAGAAUUCACGUUCGUCGUUCCAACGUUCACGUUUAGUUUUGAACUCGAAGAGUACGAGAAAGGUAUCACUCACUUUAGGGUGAUCGAUUCCAAACUCGAUACGCAAACACAAAGCCUUAAAUGUGACUAUAAACAGUUGUUUUCCAAUAAAGUUCUGAAUGCAGAGUUUAAUAAUGCUAUGGAUGCGAAAUGGGAGCCAAUAUUUGCUCUUUUUAAACAUUUUGAUGAAGCGAUGUUCCCUCCAUUGUUUAGUGUGAUCUUGAACACUUUUCUGGAAAAAGUUCCCGUUGCUGAGCUCUUUGAUUGAUAGAUUUGUACUUACACUUUGUGAACGCUGUACGAUAAUAAAACAAUAUUUUUAAUCGGUUUAUUUGUGUUAACCUACUGGCACAUUACGCCGAAGAAUGAAAUUUAAGACAGAAUUUGGAUAAAUAUAUUAAUCUUAUGGCUUAUGAGAUUUCAGAGUCAAAUUAUAAAAGUUGACCUUCAUCGAUUACGUUUUCUAAUUAUACGCAAAUCCAUCAAUGGACAAAAAUAUACCGAGCGUCUGGAAAAUCGCGGAUUAAUUCUUAGCUUCGCUCUUAACAAUCAACUAGUGAGUCUGGGAAAAAUAGUAAAAUUAAUAUUUUUAUCGCUCAUGACCAAU